CAAAAGAUUUGCGCCCAAAUUAUCCUCUUCAAAAUCAAAAUAAAACCCACCAACCAAAACUCUUCACAAAUUCUCUUGAAUCAAAAAAAUCACCCUCUCUUCUUUGUUGUUUGUGUUCUGCAAUGGCUACUAGUGCAGUCUCUCUGAGCACACCAUUCAAGGGGAGUUGGGGAACUACUUCCAUGGUUGAUGAGGAUUGUGCUAUGCUGGUUAAAUCAUCAGUACAUAGAACUAGAGUUGGAGUUGGGAAGCCAACAAGAUCACAGCCCAUGAUGAAGAAUGUCAAUGAAGGCAAAGGUUUGUUUGCUCCAAUUGUUGUCGUCACUCGUGAUAUUGUUGGUAAGAAGCGGUUCAACCAGCUUAGAGGCAAAGCAAUUGCUCUCCACUCACAGGUAAUAACUGAAUUCUGCAAAUCAAUAGGAGCAGAUGCAAAACAAAGGCAAGGACUCAUCAGGUUGGCCAAGAAAAAUGGGGAGAGACUUGGUUUCCUUGCUUGAUCAAAACCCACAUACCACCACCACCCAUUUGAAGGCCUUUCCCUUGUUCAUGUCCCUAAAACCAGAAUGUACACUGGAUGGAUCAUUUCUCUCAUCACAUCAAAUCCCCCUUUACUGCUUCAACUGAAUUGUAGUAUUUUGUUGUUAGAUCAAUGAAAUCUUAGUUCAUCUUUGGCUGUUCUUUGGCAGCAA